AUGAGAGAUGCAAGGCCAAACAUGGACCAACAGGCCAAGGCAGUUGCGAUGCAUUUCAAACCUGCACAUGCAAUUACAUAUGUGGACCGCCUGAACCAGCUCCACCAGGCAAACAGUGCUCUGGCGGGACUGGACUUUGCGACACUAAAUGUGGGAAUCAAUGUUGCAAUCAAAGCUGUGCGCAAAAGUUUCCUGGCGGAGGUGGAUAUUGUGAGCCCCUUGCCCAUUCGUUAUUGUGCAAAUGUCAAUACCCUUGCUAAGUUUGUUUUAAUGUUUUUGGAAUAA